AUGAAUCAAAGUGUCGAGAACUGCACCAUGAAACAAAGAAGUUCCUUUGAUUACAAGAUGAAAAGAAAAGUUGACGAUGAGAUUAGCUUUACUCCUGGUGAGCGUGAAGUUGCUCGUAUUCUUCUUUCAAUGCAAAAAAUUGAAGACGAGAAGAGAAGAACAUAUAACAACAAUGCUCAUCCAGCGCCACAAAUCAAUAUACCGACGAUUCCUGGUGUAACAAACAAUGAUAUUCUUUUUUGUUGCAAGCCUUUUGUGAAGAAACUAUACCCUACUGAUUUGGAACCGGGUCAGAGUAGAUUACUAUUGAACAAGAAUCAUGUGAAAACGUAUUUCUUGCCCUUGUUGAAAAAAGGAGAAGAAGAUGUUCGAGAAGGAAUAGACGUCGUUGUUUAUGACAUGCAAGGCAACACAUUCAACAUGAUAUUUAAGUAUUGGAGUGAAAAAGUUUAUGUCCUCAGCGGUGGAAGGUGGGUGAAUUUCUCCCAAACGCAUCAAUUGAAAGCGAUUGAAGAUCAUGUUACGGUGUGGAUGUUUCGCCAUUCACAAACCAAUCAGUUGUGUUUUGCUCUUAGUGUGAGAAAAGUGCAAACUUAA